UGUAUGUAAUUUGGCAAUAUAGAAUAUCUAUCAACAAUGAAUCUAGCUACAGUGACCUUUGUCUGCAGCCUUGUGUGCUGCAGCAUUAACUGCCAGGAUCCAUGGGGAGGCAGCGGCGUCUUUCCCGGAUUUCCGGGAAAUGGAGCGGGUUUUCCCAGUAGCGGAGGAUGUAAUGGGUUUGCCGGGCUGCUAUCCACCCUGCUAGGCGGAAGCCGCUGUUGCAGUGGCGGGUGCGGAGGCGGCUCGCAGGUUGUUUAUUAUCCUAUCCCAUUCCCGCCGGGACCCGAUCCCCCCACUCCGGCACCCGUGACCACGACUACCGCGCCUGUCCCUAGUUGCACCGUGAGUAUUAGCCCAGGUCCGUUCAGCCCCUGGAUGUGCGACCAAACCAUUAACCCAGCCAUGAUAACAGGCUGUCCGGCUUCCCGCGUGACCUUUCAGGUCUCGGGAAUACCGUGUGCUUAUACUGAAAGCGGUGGCGCGAUACGUUUCAGUCCCCUUAGCGGCGGCUGCGCUGUGGGAUCCGGAUUUGUCUAUGUUGGUACCCUGACAGCAACGGACAUCGUCACUAAUGUGAUUUUAUCUGUCGGUCAAAUCCAGAUAAACACCGCAUCGUUGAGCUAUUGCACUGCAACAACCGCUGCGAUGACAACCUCGACCGCAGCGACAUCUACCGAAAUACCGCCUGAUUGCAAAGUCUCUUACAACCUUUCAACUUCGCCAACUAGCGGCGCCUCAGAUUUCUUUCUGACCGACUGUCAGCAACAGUUUACUACUCCCACUUAUAUGAACUGCCCCUUUUCGCGAUAUACCUACACACUGGUUAACUUCCCAUGUGCGGACCUGCACUCCGACGGCGCGCUAGUAGUGGACGUUAACAAUCCGGGGUGUAUCGUCUACCCUUAUUCAUACUACGGAUCCAUGACCAUCAAAGACAGCGACAGCGGUGAACAGCUGGGGGUCUAUUAUAUAGCGAUGCACAUGUUUGGCCUGGCAUACUGCGUGACGCCAUGAUUCAGCAGAAUUAUCGCAAGGUAUCGAAGAGGAAGUGACCUGCACUGUUAUUUUCUUCUGAUACCCAAAAUUUUUAUGACUGUGGCCUAGGGGAACUAAAAUUUCUCGGUUACACUAUCAUACUGCAUUUCGUGCGACGUAACGACUGCUGCGUAAUACAUAGAAACUGCAUAGAAACCUAUGCAAAUUUUUUUAGAAGGUUGAUAACAGAAUUUUAAUUGAACCGAGCAUAA